ACUAGUCAUCUUCUCCAUCUCUAGUCAUCCUACUCUCGCUCUGACACUCCAAACAGAAACUUACACUCCCAUCGAUCGCUCGGGAACUACACUGUCAAGAUGGACGGCACACCGACCACCACCCUGAGUCCCCGUAAGCCCGUGGUACUCUACCCGUCCCCAGGCAUGGGGCACCUGGUCUCCAUGAUCGAGCUCGGCAAGCUCUUCACGGCUCGCGGACUAGUAGUCACCAUCGUGGUCAUCGAUCCGCCCAACAACACGAGCGCCACGGGCCCCUUCCUCGCCGGCGUCUCCGCGGCCAACCCGUCCAUCUCUUUCCACCGUCUGCCGCAGGUCAAGCUCGAGGAUGCCGAGCACCCCGAGAUGCCAACCUUACAUCUCGCCCGCCUCUCCAACCGGCACCUCCGUGACUACCUCGCUGCCACCACGACGGCCAUCCUCGUGGUCGACUUCUUCUGCAGCGCCGCCAUGGACGUCGGCACGGAGCUCGGCAUUCCCACCUACUUCUUCUGCACCUCUGGCGCCCAAGUCCUGGCUUUCUUUAUGCAUCUCACGGUCUUGCACCGCGAAAGCACCGUGAGUUUCCGGGAGAUGGGCGAACAACUCCUGCACGUGCCCGGAAUCACCUCGUUCCCGGCGUCGCACUCCAUCGAGCCGCUCAUGGACCGUCACGGCCCGGCCUACAAGGAACUCCUGGAUGUGAGCGCCAAGCUUUUUCGGUCCCAGGGCAUCAUCGUCAACACAUUCCGCUCGCUCGAGCCCCGCGCUGUCGACGCGAUCGUCGCCGGGCUCUGCACACCACCCGGUCUCUCGACGCCUCCGAUCUACUGCAUCGGUCCGCUGAUCAAAUCGGAGGAGGUGGGCGUGAAGCGCGGCGACGAGUGCCUUGCGUGGUUGGACACGCAGCCCAAAGCAAGCGUGGUGUUCCUCUGCUUCGGCAGCCUCGGACGUUUCAGCGCCAAGCAGACCAGGGAGGUGGCGGCCGGGCUGGAGGCAAGCGGCCGGAGGUUCCUGUGGGUCGUGCGGAGCCCGCCCAGCGAGAAAGACUCGGCGAAGACCAAGUUCGAGAAGCCAGCGGAGCCGGACUUCGACGCGCUCCUCCCCAAGGGUUUCCUGGACCGGACCAAGGGCAGGGGGCUCGUCGUCAAGUCGUGGGCGCCGCAGCGCGACGUGCUGGCGCACGACGCGGUGGGAUGCUUCGUGACACACUGCGGCUGGAACUCGGUGCUCGAGUCGAUCAUGGCGGGCGUGCCAAUGCUGGCGUGGCCGCUCUACGCGGAGCAGAAGAUGAACGUGGUGUUCUUGGAGCAGGAGAUGAGGCUGGCCGUCGCGAUGAAAGGGUACGACAAGGAGCUCGUGGAGGCCAAGGAGGUUGCCGCGAAGGUCAGGUGGGUGAUGGACUCGGAGGGCGGGAGGGUGCUCCGGGAGCGCACUCUGGCGGCGAUGCGGCAGGCCAACGACGCUCUCGCGCGAGGAGGGGAGUCAGAGGCAACGUUGGCGGGCCUGGUGGAUGCAUGGGUUCAUGCUUGAGAUGAACCGAAAUGGGUAUACUCACUUGUGCAGGACAGACGAGAGAUGUCUAUUAUUGCAACAUCGUCUAGCCACCAUGAGCAACCUGUCGUUGCCAUCGGACACCGACAACGAGGCGAAGCCGUCGGGAUGGUGGCAUUGGAGGGAUAGGUUUGCGACGCCGAGCAACCCUAGCUCCCCGCAGACGGAGGGCGAGGAGGAGGAGCGUUGUUGGCCUCGACGGCUAGGAUGAGGAGGAGGACUCCGACGCAAGGUGGGCAUGGAUGGAGGCGGCGGACGACGCGGCGGCGGCAAGGAAGGAGGCAAGGGCCCAGGCGACGGCGCAGGCACAGGCAGAGGCUCGUCGUCCGUUCACUGACGACGAGGAAGACCCCAAUGACCACUCGUCGGAGGGGAACUCAAACUCGUCGGACGCGUCGACCGGCAGUACCUCUUCGGAGGAGGUGACAAGCAGGAGGCGCGUCCGUGAGGAUGACGAGGUGGGGCCUUCUAACAAGAAGGCCGAGAAUUAGUUUAAACUUUGUUUAUUUUCGCGUUUGUUCUCCUAGUUUAUAUGUUAAAUAUGCUUGAACUUGUUCGAUUCGACAAAGCAUGUCAUGAUCAAUUGAACUUAUUUUCGCGUUUGUUCUCCAAGAAUUAGUUAG